AUGGCUUCGAAGGACUUCUGCUCUGUCCUCUCAGAGUACUGUCGAGAGCUCGGGAGUGUACGGACACUUCUAGAAACGUUCAAGGCCAUUCGAACGGCCGAAGAUGGAGAAGAACAGCCCUUUGAAAAGCUCACAGCACUGGAGGUCGCCCAGUUUCACCUGGCCCUUGCUUUUGCGUCCUCUUCGCUGUUCUUUGCCUACUUAAAAACCCAAGGCUACGAUGUCAAAGCACACCCUGUCUCUCAAGAUCUGCUCCGAGUGCGACAGUACAUGAGAAAAGCGGCGUCCGUCAUCGAAAACGGCAAUCCACCCAAGCGGAGCACGGUUGUCGACACCGCUGCAGCGAAACGCGUUGUAGCUUUCCAUACGGGGUCACGAGCACAAAGCGCCACGUCCUCGUCUCCCGGCAAAAGUGGGGGGCCGCCGACUGCUUCAGGCUCGCCAGGAAAAGCUGAGACAUCAGAGAGAAAGAGACGACUACCUGCGGGUUCUCCCGAGCGUGAGGCGCACAAUUCAAGUGGCCACGAGGCUUCUCCCUGCGCCAGAGGCGGUCCGCGCUCUCCAGCUGCAAGGGCACCGAAAGAUGCAGAAGAUACCCCGUGUAAGGAAGCGGCUGCAUCGAUUUCCCCCUCGUCGCUGGGUUGCUCCGCGGCUGAGAGGCGCCAAACCGACGCUAAGGAAGGAUGGGAAGGCGGGAAAAAUACGAAACGGAGCAAGACAGAAUUGGAGAGGAAGGGAAGCUCGAGAAAAGAAUGGCAGGGAGACGCAAGGACACGGCGGAAGAAACCUUGA